CUCAGCCCGUGCUCUGCGGGAGCCGGGGGGGUUGUGCGUGGUGUCUCUGCCCUGCCGUGAGCGCAAAGCUAACUGUGUGUGUGUGUGUCUGUCUCUCUCCAUACCGGGGGAUUGCACUCUUAAAAUACACCCGAUACAAUGCACCAGCCUGACUCAGCCGCAGACAUUAGUGCUAGGAAGAUGGCGCACCCGGCAAUGUUUCCUAGAAGGGGCAGCAGCAGUAGCAGCGGCAGCAGCUGCGUUACUGCUCCCACUGCACCAGGUACCGGCGUUGGGAGCGCUGCCCUCUCCGCCGAGGAUUAUCAGCCGCCUUUGCUGGUCCAGCCGCCGCCUCCAUCUCCUGCAGCAUCUUCAUCAGCGGGUCCACAGCCGACACCCCCUCCUCCACAAAGCCUGAACCUCCUCUCGCAGUCUCAGCUCCAGCCACAGCCUCUUGCACAGACUGGAGCUCAAAUGAAAAAGAAAAGUGGCUUCCAAAUUACCAGUGUGACCCCUGCUCAGAUAUCAGCUAGUAUGAGCUCUAACAACAGCAUAGCUGAGGAUACAGAAAGCUACGAUGACCUGGAUGAGUCCCACACUGAAGACCUGUCGUCUUCAGAAAUCUUGGAUGUUUCUUUAUCCAGGGCCACUGACUUGGGAGAACCUGAGAGGAGCUCCUCUGAAGAGACUUUAAAUAACUUCCAAGAGGCAGAGACUCCUGGGGCUGUUUCUCCAAACCAGCCUCAUCUUCCUCAGCAGCAUGCUCCUCUGCCUCAUCACCCACAGCAGAGUGUUGUGAUCAACGGAAGUGUUCACCCCCAUCAUGUUCAUCACCACCACCAUCUUCACCACCAUCAUCACGGACACCAUCAUCCAUCGCAUCCUGGGGUGGGCAGUGCCCCAAUUUCUGGAGGACCACCGCCCAGUCCAUCAUUUAGAAAACUAUCAACAACUGGAAGCUCUGACAAUGUUAUAUCAACUGCACCAGUUUCUGCUGCAUCAUCCACUGGUUCCCCGGCAUCUGUUGUGUCUAAUAUGCGCACUACAAGUACUCCUGGCAAUUUAGGUGUAAGUCCUGCUACUGGAACUAGUACCUUAAAUAAUAUGGGCGGUGGUAGUUCUAGUGUGGCAAGCAACGUGCUUGGUACUAUAAAUCUAAGCAACAUCAUGAGUACUGGUAAUGUAAAUGCUUUGUCUGGAACUAGCAGCAAUGUUAAUGUGAAUAUCUUGAGUGGUGCUGGCAAUGGUACGAGUGCUUCCUCUAGUGUCAUUAACAAUGUUACUAAUCCAACUGCAGGAAUGGCAGUGGGAUCAAGCCAGCAGCAGCCUGCAUCUGGCACGUCAAGGUUUAGGGUUGUAAAAUUAGAUUCUAGUUCUGAACCUUUCAAAAAAGGUAGAUGGACAUGCACUGAAUUCUAUGAUAAAGAAAACACUGUUGCAGUUUCAGAAGGAGUAGCAGUAAACAAAGCAGUAGAGACGAUAAAACAAAACCCGCUUGAAGUGACUUCUGAAAGGGAGAGCACCAGUGGGAGUUCUGUUAGCAGCAAUGUAAGCACACUGAGUCACUAUACAGAAAGUGUGGGAAGUGGAGAAAUGGGAGCACCUACUGUGGUACAGCAGCAAGCGUUUCAAGGUGUGGGUCCGCAGCAGAUGGAUUUUAGCAGUGCUGCUCCUCCGGCAAUUCCAGCAUCUAGUAUACCACAGAGUGUUUCUCAAUCACAGCUUGCACAAGUCCAGCUGCAUUCUCAAGAAGUAAACUAUCCACAGCAGAAGCCAGGGGUCCAACCUCCUGCACAGGCCAGUCUAACCACUGUUACUGGGGUUCAGCCAGCCCCAGUUAAUAUACUAGGUGUAUCCCCAUCUCUGGGCCACCAGCAAACUGCCAUUCAAAGUAUGGCUCAACAGCAGCUGCCGUAUUCUCAGCCCGCGCAGCCUGUGCAGACUUUACCAGUUGUACAGCAGCAGCAGUUGCAGUAUGGACAACAGCAACAACAGCAGCAACAGACAGUUCCUACGCAGAUGGCCACAGGUCACGUUAAGCCGGUGAACCAAAACUCGGUUACGGGGGCUAUGCCAGACUACAUUCAACAUCAGCAGAUCCUUCAGACUCCAGCCCCUGCCAUGCAGCCUAGUUCUACAGGAGUAGGAGCAGGGCAACCAGUUCCUGUUGCCCAGGCACAGGGCAUGCAGCCUUCAGUACAAGCACACCCAGCUGCUGCCCCAGCUCCGCCUGUUGCACAUGCUUCAGCAGCGAUACCAGGUGUAGGUACCAGUGGUCAAAUGCUGAAUGUUGGGCAGCAGGGAAGCGUAGCCACUGUGGUGCAACCACCAUCUGCUGCAAACCAAAUUCCACCUCCAGUUAUGCCGUCAACGGCUGCUCCUCCAUCUUCACAAGUAGUGCAGCCUGUGCAGACAGGAAUAAUGCAGCAGGGAUUACAGGCUAGCGCUUCAGGCCUUCCUCAGCAAAUGGUCAUUGCUCAGCAAAACACCUUGUUACCUGUACAGCCACAGGCACAAGGAGUGGAAUCUGUAGUCCAAGGGAUGACUGGCCAGCAGCUGCCUGCAGUUAGCCCUAUACCUUCUGCUAGUGCUGUUCCUCCACCAGGUCAAGCUGGUUCAGCUGUGCCUCCUGGCAUACCUUCUGCUUCUAUAGGUUUGGGACAGCCACAGAAUAUAGCACAAGCUUCGGCUGUGCAGAACGGGAACCUGGCUCAAAGUGUUAGUCAGCCUCCCUUGAUAUCAACAAGUAUAGGUAUGCCAGUGGCGCAGAGUGUGCCACAGCAGAUACCGCUAAGCUCUACCCAGUUCCCCGCACAAUCACUAGCUCAGUCAAUUGUAAGCCAAACUGAAGAUGGCAGACGCCCUACAGAACCUUCCUUAGUGGGUUUACCUCAAGCUGCCAGUGGCGAGAGUGGUGUUGGAGCAUCAGCUGUUUCAGAUGGCGGUAGCAGCAACAUGCCAUCCUCUGCUUCCCUCUUUCCGCUGAAGGUGCUGCCGUUGACAACGCCUCUUGUAGAUGGUGAGGAUGAGAGUCUUUCUGCCUCCCUAUCCUGGAAGUAUGGAGUCCCUGCCUCAGCCUACGGCUUCAUUCUUUUUCCAGCUGCCCACAAAAGUAAAGAACCAGUGUGAGAGUUUGAAGAAAGAAUCCGCUCAGAGGACUGAGUCUCAAGCAAAAGCUCCAGGUUGCAGACUCAGAAAGAAACUUCCUUUGGGGAAGGAUCUGCUUUUUCCUUGGGCAAACAGAGUUCUUGAAGCAAACAACAGGGUUGCAGGACACCUUCUAACCUUUAUACUGCAUCACAAGCCUUCAGCAGAAGAUCUUGAGAGCCAUUUAUGUUGCUGGAAGAUGACUGGGUUUGGAUCUUGGCCUUCCUUAAGCAGGAUCUCCUGACAAAAAUGGGAUUGGGAAAGAAAUGACUCCUUUUUCCAUCACACAGAGCCACUCUAGAAAUGGAGGCCUAGGCAGAAAAUUACUUCUAAUGCAUCAUUCUUUAGGAAAAUUGUUUGGCCUCCCAUGGUCCUUUUGUGACAAUGUCAUAAAGAUGUCAUUUUGAUAAAACCUAAACCUGGCAUCUUCCUAUCUGAAGAUCAAGUCAAUAAACCCAAGUGUAAGAGUUUACAGAUCUAAUAAUGUGAUCGGAUCUUGCUGUCCCCUGCAUAGGAGAUGCCAUGUGAAUCUGUGAAAUAGGGUUCUGUGGUGGUUCAGACUGUUAUAUUUGUAAAGCCUUUUCUACUUACAGUCCAUUUAAAUGAUUAGAAAUAAUAAAGGUUCUUGUGAAAAUGGUAUUUAAUUAGGCUCCUACCUCUCCAAGUUUACUUAAAAAUAAAUUUGAGCCAAAAAUGUCACAAUGGCAAUAUGGGAAGUACUGCAUCUUUUGAGGUUUCCUGUGGUUUUGUGUCAAGAAAAGAUACAUUGGAAGUGUUGAGCUAUGAAAGUGGGAAAACAUAGAUGUUUCUCUAAGAGUGAAAAGUUAUUUGGUAGAAAGCUUUUAAUUGUUUUUCCCCUAAGGGAUUCUAUAGUCUAAUUAAAUGUCUUGCAAGAUCUCAAAUAAAAACCUUAUGUUUGGCAGUACUGAACAACACACACACACGCCCUUGUACUUUUAUUCUUUUUCACUAUAGGAAAUUAGAUUUGAAGAACAGGACUUACUUUUAAUGUUCAGAUUAGGAAAGGGAAAAGCUUUGUUCUGAAGCUGAGUGUAUGAGAAGGGGUGGCAGGAGGGUGAACCGGACCCUCUGGCAGUAUGUAAAGAGCACUUUUAUUUUCCUGUUUUCUGCUUCUGGCAGUUGGAGUAAACUAGUCAGAUGCUUGUGUUUGAAUCCAAUUAAUUUCUUAAAUCAGUUACCACAAAGCAUUGUUUUUUAACUAAUGCCUAGAUCUUUCAUUAAAUUCACCAGCAUAUAUAAAUUGUUGAACAGUCUUAAUGUAGCCCUGGGGCUACUGCUUCAUGGCCUUUGUGACUUCUUACUAUGCUGGAAUGCAUUGCAGUCUUAGUACAUUCUAAAAAUAAUUGUUCAGAUGGUGCUGUUUAAGUACAUGCUUAUGUAGUAAGCCAUUUUCAGUGGACCUUCUGAAAUUUGGCGCUCUGUUGGAUGGCUUUUAAUAUCCUUUUUUUUCUGUGCAUAUCAAACUUCGUCUUGAUGCUUCUGUGGUUAUCAAGUAAAAUGCUAAAUUUAUAACCUGUUAUUUUUAGAAAACUGAUAGUCAGAUGCUAAUGUUAAACUAUGCAACCACCGUAACACUUGUGAAUUUUGAAGUUUAAAGAGAAACCAAUUUAAUGUAUCAAAUUCAAUACGUUUUCUUUCUAAUAUAUAGAAAUACUUAUGUGAUGACCUUAAAACUGAGUAGCUGUUAUAGGUAUAGACAUGAAUUGUGUGCUGAACAGGCGUAAUCUUGAGGUUACAAGAUGAAGAUCUGUGAGUCUUGGAAAUAAAUACUAACAUCUUGGAUUCAUGCUAGCAGUGCUUUUUGUUGAAAAUACCUGUUUUUCUAACUUCUAGUCUAUUUAGGGUUUGAUAUCUUUUGUGCCUUCCUUAAUAGGUAUACUUGCCUCAGCCACAGUUUUUGGUCAGUUUGUUCUGUAGCAUAAGGUGAAUUUAAGAUUAUCAAAUACUUAUGCACACUGAAUACUUAGAACAGUAGAGUAAUAGGAGCACUGAGAACUGUUUCUAAUGCUGUCUCAGUUGUUGAAAUUACUCCCUCUCAGUCACAACUGGGAAAACCCAAACCAACAAACCAAAAAACCUGUCGUUGUUCAACAGUCAGUAUUUUGAUACUUCUUGUCUCUCGGCAUUGUGUUAGCAUAUUACUAUCAUGCUCUGAGUUUUGCAGCUGCAAUCCUGGGUUCUUGAUAUAUCUUUAGAGCAAUAACUCCUGCCUUUGUGUUAUUAAAUAAUAAAGAUGUC